AUGGCUGAGAAUCACCGCGUUGAGUACAACUGGAUCAAGGGCGUGGAGACACUCGAAGAAUAUCAGAAAGGAGGCUACCCUCCUGUUAUGGUCGGUGACGUGCUACAUGACCGGUAUCUUAUUGCAGACAAGCUUGGAUUUGGGGGCUAUUCGACGGUUUGGCUUGCCCGAGAUACCCAUCUCGAACGAUAUGUUGCGGUCAAAGUCAACAUCGCAGACUCUCUUCCGCACGAAUCAAAAGUUCUCAGGGCGUUGUCAACUCCGACUCUGUCGUCUUCAUCCGUUCACCCUGGGCGUGCCCUGACCCCCAUCAUCGUGGAUGAAUUCAAAAUUCAAGGGCCUAACGGAGAACAUAACUGUUACACGAUGACCCCUGCGCAAUGCAAUCUCAGAGAGAUUUCAUUCAGCCGUCUCUUCCCCCUCGACGUUGCUCGGGCACUUGCAUAUAAACUUGCACAGGCCGUUGCCUAUACCCAUUCUCAAGGCUACGUUCAUGGAUAUAUCCAUCUAAAAAAUAUCUUGGUCAAGCUCCCGUCAAGUUUCGACGACCUAUCUAUCAAGCAAUUGUAUGAGACAUAUGGCGAGCCCGAGGCUAUCCUUAUCACACAAUGUGAUUGUAAGCCAUUACCUCCCAAUGUCCCGGCGAAGGCUGUCGUGCCGCUGUUCCUAGGGAAAUAUGCGGAAAGUUUCUCGUUAUCUGGUGCGCACCCGCUUCUAAGCGACUUUGGGGAGGCGUUCUCUCCCGCUUCAGAAGUGCGUCUUGGACAAGACUGCCACACGCCACCCGCUUUUCGAGCCCCGGAAGCCAAAUUCGAACCGCAAACCCCGCUCGACUACCCCCUAGACAUCUGGAGUUUGGCCACGGCAAUCUGGGAGAUCAUCGGAAUGAAGUCAAUCUUUAGCACUGACUUUGUGCAUGAAGAUGAGAUAGUGUCGCAACAUAUCGACGUGCUAGGGCCUAUGCUUCCCGAGUGGUGGCAGCGCUGGGAAGGACGUCACCGAUUUUUCGACAAGUAUGGAUAUCCAACAGAGUCACAUAGAGAAAACAAAUGGCCCACGCUUAAGGAAUCAUUCGAGAUCGGUGUACAGAAAUGGAGAAGGAAAGCGGGAAGCGAGAUGACCGAGAACGAAAAAGCGGCGUUUCUGGAUUUGAUGCGCCGGAUGCUGUCAUUUAGGCCAGAAGAACGACCGACUGCUGAAGAGGUGCUAUUGUCGGAUUGGAUGCUCAAAUGGGCACUGCCUGACUGCAGGCGGAGCUUAAAAAGCUUUUGA